GCGGCGGGAUGCGCUGGGGUCUGGGCGGCUGGCGGGCGCGGCGGCUCCUGUGCCUGCCCGGUCCCCGGCGGGGCCUGGCGCAGGGGCGGCGGCGGGGCGUGGAGGCGGCGGCGGGUACGGCCGAGGCCGAGGCGGACGGUGGCGGUCCUGUGCCCUUCUCGGCCAGCAAGGCCAGCCCGCGGGUGUGGAGCGUCAGCCGGUCUAUGGGGAGCGACCACGAGCGGCCCUGGGGGAAGGUGCUGCCCGUGAGCCUGCUGUGCGCGGCGCUGCUGCUCUGGUGUGUGCUCAGGGACAAAACGGAGAUCGAUGAGCGACUGGAAGCCGUUUUCUCCGAUCAGAUCGCGGACCGUGUAGAUGUGAUCCAAAAAAGCAGCGCCGCCUCACAGCCGCAGAAGGAGAAAUGAGAAUAGCGUAACUGUAGCGAAGGAGCUGCCAGAAGUCUGCUGUCAUUCAGCUGCUUGCUCAGACACUUCCAUGGGAAAACUUGGGUUUUUUAGUCUAUCACGGUGCUUACCUUGCAAGCAUGAUUCCUUUAUAUUUCACAGAUGCUUCCUGCAUUUUUCUUAUUUUAGUAGUUUGCAGUAACAGCUGAAGAAAUUUUUUUUUCUUCAGUGGGGGUGAACAGGAUGUACUACAAGUCAACUUGUAUUUGAAGGUACAUUUUAGAAAACUCAUUUCUUUUUCACUGAUAUUUUUUCCUUAGAUGCUAAGUGUAUUAAAAUAUCGAAGUUGUCACUCUGUAAAAUCACUACUGAAAGUGACCUUCAUUUGACAUUUUGCUAGUCAUGGAGUAUAUUCAAAUUACAUUGAAAAAAACUCUGUAAGCACUAUGAAUUGUUAAUAUAUGAUUUUAACUUCAUGUUUUGAUUUCUUUAAUCAACUACAUAAGGUAGCAAUUACUUCCUUUUGCUCUUCUAAGGCAUUGUUAGUAGAUGUUUUUUCUGUUCUGGAGUGUUUUACACAUUCCUCAUUUUGAUGAUCUUGAACAGGAAGAGGCAUUUUUGCACGAGAUCUAAAUGAUUGGUUUUGUAUUAUAUUGGAGGGGGAACCCCCUAGUUUCACUGAAGAGUUUAGUAUCUAGUUUUUCCAACAGAUUCGCAGAUAUUCAAACUUGUUCACUCUGGAAACUUCCCUUGCAGAGGAAGAAUCUAAGCCACUAUUAUUUCUGUUUUCCUUAAAAUAAGAUGUAGUUUUAUGAACCUUCCGAAGGUAAAAGUACAAAGCUCUUUUCUGUCUUAUAUGCCAUUAAAAUACCUAACUACCAAAAAAAAAAAAAAAAUCAUAGCAACAGCUAAUAAGGUGAUGUGCAGCUACAGAGAAACUGGCUAGUACUGUUUUUCUCUAAUGCUGCCGAUUAGACUUUGAGCAACAUCCAGUUCUACUAGUGAUGCUUGAUUCUGCUGUAGACUGUAGGUGUCUUAGCCGGAUGGUGCCUAGUUAAAAUGGAGUACAAUCAGUUUGGUACUGUCGCAGGAUUUAAUCUUUCUUGGAAUUCAACUUUUGCUGCAGUAGAAUGUUGUGAACGGAUACAUGUGGGGAGUGUGCUGGUGAAUAUAUCAGCAAUCAUGGAUUUUAUUGAAUUGAAACAUACUAUUUCUCUGACUAGUCUUACUCAAAAAGCCUUCUUUCUCCACGUUCUACUAAGAGAAUGAACCCAACAAUUUACUGGUCUGCUUAAGAAAUAAAGGGCUGUUUCUUUGUGUUUGCCUUAUUUUCAGGUGCUAUGAUAGUGCUUAAUAAAGACUCUAUUUGUAAAA